CUGCGUCAUAUAUGUAGCGUCCCGGCAAGAAAUUAAGGAUCCAACCAAACACAAGAGAUCACCAUGAGCAACACUCAACAAGAUUAUAAGAAGGAAGACGACGAUCAGGUUCCGCUUCCUGGGUUUCGAUUUCAUCCAACAGAUGAAGAGCUCCUAGGGUUUUAUCUCAAACGAAAGGUUGAAAGGAAACCACUGCAGAUCGAACUCAUCAAACAGAUCGACAUCUACAAACAUGAUCCAUGGGAUCUUCCAAAGCCGAGCAGUGUAGGAGAUAAUGAGUCAUAUUUCUUCUGCAAACGAGGGAGAAAGUACAGGAACAGCAUUAGACCGAACAGGGUGACCGGAUCUGGAUUUUGGAAAGCAACUGGCAUUGACAAGCCUGUAUACUCCCGCGGUGGGGAAGGCCAUGAUUGCAUUGGCCUCAAGAAAACAUUAGUAUACUACCGAGGAAGUGCAGGAAAAGGAACCAAAACCGACUGGAUGAUGCAUGAAUUUCGCCUUCCUGGCAACAAUAAUGACACCAGCAAAUCUUCCAAUGAUAAAUUUAGCACCCAAGAAGCUGAAGUGUGGACUAUUUGCAGAAUUUUCAAACGAAAUUCUUCACAAAGAAAGUUAAUCAUACCCGUUCAAUCGAGAGAAAAUGCUAAAAGACAUUCAACUGAUCAUCAUCAUCAAACAAGUAGUUCAAAAGCCUGCGGCAUGGAAUCGAAUAACAAAGAAAGCUACAUUAGUUUUGGGGCUCCAGCUGCCAUUGACAUACAUCAUCAUCAUUUCCAUGAUCAGAAGCCAGUCGUGAAUCAUAGUAAUAUUAUCAAUAAUGAAGGAGGAAGCAUGCAGUGGCAGCAAGGAGAGCAGUGCAUGAGCAUUGUAACUCACGGUCAUCAACUUGUAUCGACCAUGGUAUCUACUUCUCCUUCGAGCUUUUCAGAUUUUCCAGAGGGUAAUAUCAACUAUGAUCAGUUGUUCACGUAUGGGAACUGGGAUGAACUCAGAUCUGUUGUAGAGUUUUCCAUGGAUCCAUCUCUUCUGUAAAUGCUUAUUAGUCUUCACUUGUGAUUGCAUGUGUGCAAUAUAGUACUAAGUAAUUAAUUAAUUAAGGAGAAGCUAGGGUGGGAUUUUAUCACAAAGUCUUACAUUUGGAGAUUCUGAUCUUGCCUGUAUUUUGAUAUAUAGCCAGUGCUACUGGGAACAUA